GAAUGUACAAAUAUAUAAAUAUCUCUAUAUACACAUAUAUGUAUGUAUAGGUCUCUGUGCAUAUUUAUAUCGUCUCCUCUUCUUCUUCUUCGAUUCUCACUUUUCAUCGUCUGACCAAAUUCUCCGUGUUUCCUUCUCCUUCAGGUAAUAUUUUAACAAAUUGCUUAGUACCAUGGGAUCUGUUGAUGCUUCAAAUGGAAAGAAACCCACAGUUAUUUUUGUCCUUGGUGGACCAGGAAGUGGAAAAGGUACCCAGUGUGCCUAUAUUGUUGAACAUUUUGGUUACACACAUCUGAGUGCUGGAGAUCUUCUUAGAGCUGAGAUUAAAUCAGGUUCUGAAAACGGAACUAUGAUCCAGAAUAUGAUUAAAGAGGGGAAGAUUGUACCGUCCGAGGUGACAAUCAAGCUUUUACAGAAAGCUAUUCAGGAAAACGGGAAUGACAAAUUCCUUAUUGAUGGUUUCCCACGUAAUGAGGAAAACCGAGCAGCAUUUGAAAAAGUUACUGAGAUUGAACCGAAGUUUGUCUUGUUCUUCGAUUGUCCUGAGGAAGAGAUGGAGAAGCGCCUGUUGGGCCGAAACCAGGGGAGAGAGGAUGAUAAUAUUGAGACUAUAAGGAAGCGCUUUAAGGUGUUUCUUGAAUCUAGCUUACCAGUGAUUCAGUACUACGAAGCUAAGGGGAAAGUCAGGAAGAUUAAUGCCGCAAAGCCCAUUGAAGCUGUAUUCGAGGAGGUGAAGGCAAUUUUUUCUCCUGAAGCUGAGAAGGUUGAAGCCUAGGCUGCUGCAACGUAAAGAGAUACCGAAAACCCCGAUAAAUUGAUCAGGUAGAGCUGGGCGUUGCAUAUUUCUUACCAGGAAGUCUCUGCUUGGCCGUAUUUUUUUUUUACCUUCUUAUUAACCAUAUGAUAUAUUACUGUUAUUAUUAUACACCUUUUUACCUAUUAUAUAAUUUUUGUUUUGUUUCAAUUUUUUUUUUUUUUUUUUUUGUAUUUGAUGGGAUUUUGGUUGGGACUUUUGUCUGCCAAUCCGUGAUUGGCUUAUUGUAAUUUCUACAAUUAAAUUUUUAUAAUAUACUAGAUAAAAUAUUCGUGUUGUGAUU